CCUAGAAAUCGAUGUUGGCAACGCUUAGUACAUAGUAGGUAAAUGGCGGUGGCGUGUUAAUCAGUCAAACUAAAGUUUUGGUUUUUAAUUGAUUAUGCUUCAUUCUCCGAAUCCUGUGAAUGUCGAAGAUACUUGAUUUUGUUUAUUUUUUGUUAUAUCUUCGAAAUUGCUAUUUAAUUCAUUCAUUGAAGUCUUAUUAUCAAAUUAACGAUGAUAAAGUGUUCAGAAUAAACGACUAACUAAUUUCACAACAUCAGGUUGUUUUUGGAAAAGUUCAAAUAAUCAGAAAUGGCAAGUAAGGAAGAGGAAAAAGAGGAAUUCUCUGGAAGUGACUUUGACGAAGAUGAAGAUCCCGACAAAAUAGAAGUACCAGGUGGAGGCAAAGAUCUGGCAGCUGCAGCUGCAAUAGCUACCACGAAAGCCAAACCGAAGAAUGCAAUGUUUGAUAUGCCGAUGCCGCAGAUGCCCAGUAUGGGCCCUCAUUAUGGCGGUAAUAGCAAAAUGGCUGCUGGCAUGCCAUCACCAUUCGACAUGAUGAGAUCGCCAAUGGGCACGCCUUACGGCAUGAGUAGCAUGGCGGCAAUGGCCAGCAUGCUCAGCGGGCUGGGUGGUCCGAUGAACAUGGGCCAGAUGUUUCCACCAGGGGCUGGCGGGGGAGGGAACCCUGCCAGCGCCGCCUUCCACGCUGCUCAUUUUCUGCAGCAGAGUAAGUCUAAACUACUACCCCUUAAACACUUGGAAAUGGCCGCCCUGGGUCUGAACGGUCAGUUACAGAACCCGUUCUUUCAAAACAUGGCAGCCCUGCUUUACUCCACACCCCCCGGUCAGCCUCCGUGGGGACCACAGUUGAGCAACAAGGCGGUGGCGUCCAUGUGGAUGAACGCCGAUGCCAAACCGAUGCAUCACCAAGAAGAAGAAGAGGUCGAUGACGAGGAACUUGGAGUGGCAGAAACCUAUGCGGAUUACAUGCCUUCGAAAUUGAAACUGGGCAGGAAACAUCCCGAUCCAGUUGUCGAGACUGCUUCCUUAUCAUCCGUUGCCCCAGCUGACGUCUGGUACAAGCUGUCCAUACCUGACGAGACCAUACGAACUGGGGCCCUUUCCGCUUUGCAGUUGGAGAGUAUAACCUACGCCUCCCAAGCACACGAACAUAUCCUUCCAGAUGGCACAAGGGCUGGGUUUCUCAUAGGUGAUGGGGCCGGUGUGGGUAAGGGUCGUACCAUAGCCGGUAUAAUAUUCGAGAACUACAUGAAGGGACGCAAGAGGGCCAUCUGGGUGUCCGUCUCCAACGACCUCAAAUACGACGCCGAGAGGGAUCUGAAGGACAUAGGGGCGGGGAAGAUUCAGGUUCAUCCCUUGAAUAAGUUCAAGUACGCCAAGAUAUCGUCAGCGAUCAACGGGAACGUCAAGAAGGGCGUUAUAUUCAGCACUUAUUCAGCCUUGAUCGGUGAGAGUAACUCUGCGGGUGGUAAAUACAAGAGCAGGCUGAAGCAGCUGCUGCAGUGGUGCGGACAGGAUUUCGAUGGUCUGAUAGUGUUCGACGAGUGUCACAGGGCGAAGAAUCUGUGCCCUGUCGGUUCCUCCAAGCCCACGAAGACAGGUUUGACUGUAUUGGAGCUCCAGAACAAGCUGCCGAAGGCUCGUGUGAUCUACGCGUCGGCUACUGGAGCCUCCGAGCCCAGGAAUAUGGCUUAUAUGGUCAGGUUGGGGAUGUGGGGCGAAGGUACCCCGUUCAAGGAAUUUUCAGAUUUUAUAUCUGCUGUAGAGAAGAGGGGUGUUGGAGCUAUGGAGAUCGUUGCCAUGGAUAUGAAAUUGAGAGGCAUGUACAUAGCGAGGCAGCUCAGUUUCCACGGCGUGGCCUUCAAGAUCGAGGAGGUGCCCCUGUCCAAGGAGUUCGAGAAGGUGUACGACGCGAGCGUGAAGCUGUGGGUGGAGGCGAUGCAGCGCUUCCACGAGGCGGCCGAACUGGUCGACGCGGAGAACAGGAUGCGCAAGACGAUGUGGGGCCAGUUCUGGUCGGCGCAUCAGCGUUUCUUCAAGUAUCUGUGCAUAGCGGCCAAGGUGCCGCACGCGGUCUCGGUCGCGCACGAGGCCAUCAAGUGCGGCAAGUGCGUCGUCAUCGGUCUGCAGAGCACCGGCGAGGCCAGGACGCUGGAGCAGUUGGAGAGGGACGAGGGGGAGUUGACCGAUUUCGUGUCCACGGCUAAAGGAGUUUUUCAAACUUUGGUGGAGAAACACUUCCCUGCACCGGACAGAAACAGGAUACACAGGUUAUUAGGGUUGGAACCCCCUGCUUCUAAUUCGAAAAAAUCAUCAAACGGAGUCCACGAUGAAGGUAACACCUCGACUAACAGUGGCAAAAGGAAACCAAUGAGGCAGGCCGCCGCCAGGGCGGUCAAGAGGAACAAGUGGUCGACCUCAGACAGCGAGAACGACUCGGAGAAGAGCACCGACUCCGAGUUCAAGAUGACGGACAACGAGAGCGAGAUCUCGGAGGAACAUUCCGACUCUGCACAGAGCAGCGAUUUCAACCCCUUCAUAUCGGACAGCGACUCGGACAACGACCCGUGGAGCAGGACGAAGAAGAAGGGUAAGAAGACGAAGAAGGUGGCCAAGAAACGACCCUCGACCCAGGAUAAGCUCUCCAUGAUGAUCACGGAGAAAAAUAAUAAAGCCAAAAGUAACGGUGCAGGAUUCACCGGAGCCCCACCGAAAGAUGCCAUAGAGAGAGCGUGCUCGAUGAAGGAGGAACUGUUGAAUAAAAUCGAAAGACUGGGCGAUAAAUUGCCACCGAACACUCUGGAUCAGCUGAUAGACGAGCUGGGUGGUCCAGAGAACGUAGCUGAAAUGACAGGGAGGAAAGGUCGCGUGGUCCAAACCGAAGACGGCGGCAUCCAGUACGAGAGCAGAUCCGAGCAGGACGUGCCGCUCGAGACGCUCAACCUUACGGAGAAGCAGCGCUUCAUGGACGGCGAGAAGGACGUGGCCAUCAUAUCUGAGGCCGCAUCCAGCGGCAUAUCGCUGCAGAGCGACAGACGCGCCAAGAACCAGAGGCGGCGCGUCCACAUCACCCUCGAGCUACCCUGGUCCGCCGACAGGGCGAUACAGCAGUUCGGCCGGACGCACCGGAGUAACCAGGUCAACGCGCCCGAGUACAUCUUCCUCAUAUCCGAUCUAGCCGGGGAGAGGAGGUUCGCGUCGAUAGUGGCCAAACGUCUGGAGAGCCUGGGCGCGCUGACGCACGGCGACCGUCGCGCCACCGAGACCAGGGACCUGAGCCAGUUCAACAUCGACAACAAGUACGGCAGGUCGGCGCUGGAGGCCACCAUGAAGGCGGUGAUGGGCUACGACGCGCCGGUCGUGCCCCCGCCCAAGGACUACAAGGGCGACUUCUUCAAGGACGUGGCCGCGGCCCUGGUGGGCGUCGGACUGAUCGUCAACAGCGAAUCGAUGCCGGGCGUGCUCUCUCUCGACAAGGACUACAACAACAUGUCCAAGUUCCUCAACAGGAUACUGGGGAUGCCGGUGGAGCUCCAGAACAGGCUGUUUAAGUAUUUCACUGAUACGCUCAGCGCCAUAAUCAUCCAAGCCAAGAGGAGCGGCAGGUUCGAUCUAGGUAUAUUGGACCUGGGCGCCGGGGGCGAGGUGGUGAAGCGCGUCAGGACGGUGACGUUCCUGCGGAAGCACGCGACGGGCACGGCGCCGACGGAGCUGCACACGGUGCACGUGGAGCGGGGCAUGUCGUGGCCGGAGGCGUUGGAGAAGCUGUCCGAGACCACGGGCGAGAACGAGGGUUUCUACGUGUCGCACCAGGUGCGGAACGCGAAGCACACCGCGAUACUGGCGAUGGAGGCGGACGGGGGCUCGAAGAAGAAGCUGGAGUCGAAGAAGGAGCAGAUGUUCUCGGUGUACAGGCCCAAUACGGGGCUGCAGUUCAGGCAGGAGAGCCUGGCCGAGCUGGAGAAGAAGUACAAGAAGGUGGAAUCCAGCGAGGCAGAGAAACCGUGGACCGAACAGUACGACUCGUCGGUGAACACCUGUUCGCACGCGUAUUGGCGAGGAAACUGCAGGAUGGUCAACCUGGGACAGGACUGCGAGGUCGGUCUCAGGAGGAGGACGUACAACGUCGUCUCCGGCUCCGUCCUGUCGGUGUGGAGCAGGGUGGAGGGCGUAUUGGCCAGCAAGAACGGCACGCACAACAACAAGAUGCAAGUUAUUCGAUUGAGAACCAAAGAUGAUUUGAAGAUCGUAGGUACGUUGAUACCUAAGAAUUGUGUUGACGCACUGAUCGAGGCGCUGUCGUCGGACGCCGAGAAGGUGGACGAGCAGAAAUUCCCGUAAUAAAGUCUGCAAGAAACGGAUUUAAACAGGGCUGCAAGUAUUACUACUCAAACAAACAAAAAAAAUGGUGACAGUUAUUAACGAAACGUUCGUUGAGAACAGUAACUGUAUAAAAUAAUGUAGAACUGAAUGAUUGAUAUUCGUUUUCAUUUUAGAUGAAAAAAAAAUCGAAGUUCCAAAAAAUAAUUCCAAGAAAUUAUCGAUUAAACAAAAAAAAAAUGAGAAAAAUCUGUGACAUAGUUAUUUUAGGUAAUGUCUAAUGUAUUUAUAUAAACGUAGAUUUUUAAUGAUUUUUUCUUAUAUCAAAAUACACAGGUUCGAUGAUAAGGACACCUAAACACCACACACACACAAGUCAACACUCGUUGGUUUUUUUAUUUGUAAAAUAUAUAAUUCACACCUUUUACAACGGAAACUGAGCUUGUUACACCAGUGGAGUCGUCGACGAAUCUAAUUUAUUCCCUCUCGAAAUUCUAGUGAUUUUUUUUUAAGGUGGCUAUUUUCGCGAAUGUUGCAAGUUCCUAAACACUUUUUCUGAAAUGUAUUUUGAUAUUACGAGAACAGCAGAGUAAUCGUUUCACUGGUGUGUUCUAAUUUCAGGCAAAAUUUGCUUAUAUAUCUUAUGUAUAUUUGGAUGUGUUCGAAGGCUAAAUAAGCAGAAAAAGAAAAACGAAAAUUACCCACAA